AUGCUAGGCUCAACCGGAAACGCCAAGGUUCGAAAUGGCGAAACAAAGAAGCGUGUUGUGACGGCCGCUCGCCGAGAGCAAAACAAAGUUGCACAACGCGCCUGGAAAGGCCUGCCACUACCGCAGAACGUUCAAGCUCGAUCUCUCAUCUCGGCGAUCGAACUCGAUGCCACCCAGAAUGGACGUCAUGAGAACCUGGAGACCCCGAGGCCAAAGGAUACAAUAUCAUCUGCGAAGCCCUUAGAUGAAUCUGGCAACCAAUCGAUAAAAUCCAAUCUUGGCUCGCCACAUUUCGCCCCACCUGAUCUCUUAUGCGAGCCGUUAUCAUCAUCCAGCCAGGGCUCGAGUCCAUUCAGUGAGAUCGAGGAAAGAGCAACUCCACAGCCGGACUUGAAGCUGAAUACGCUACAAACGUCCCAAACGCGGACUCUCCUUGCCAUCUUAAAUAAUGCAAUAUGUCUGGGCUUCGAUGUCGAUAGUUUGAUGAAUUGCAGCAAGGGAACUUUGUCGCCAUUCUUCCGCCGUAUCACACCAACGGAUAAUCCUCAAGACCUGAUUGCAACGGUUCUGAACCCAUUAACGCCAGUUCAUCUCCAGCCCACCAUGGCUCAAAUGCUUAUCCCACACCAUCCUGCUCUGGAUUUAGUUCCGUUGCCACUGGUACGCGACCGGCUUAUCACUUUGUGCUUUGCAAUGCCGAAUGUAUAUGAUCUUUGGGAGCUAAAGCUCGAUAUAUACGUUCAGCAUGGACUUGUAUUCAAGAGUGAUAAUUAUGAUUGUUUGUCAUGGGAUCGAAAGUCGUGGGAGAUCAAGCCUUGGUUUGGAGAGAAAUGGGGUAUUCCCGUUUGUGAAUGA